AUGCCGUACCCUGGCCUGCGUGUGCGGGUGCUGGGGUCUGUGGUGAUCAUCCAGCCACUGGAGAGUGCAGGGGAGCAGGCGCUGAGCCUGACAGUGGACUUGAAGAGCGGCCGAGUGGAGCUGGCACCCCAGGCGCCUAUCAAGAAUGACUGCCUGGUGGUGCUGGCGAUGGUGGGGGUGAUGUCACUGUCCUCUCAGGCAGCAGUGGCGCUCGUCACGGGGGCAGAGCAGGUUGCGACAGUGAGUGGCCACCCCAUUUUCCGAGUGACUCAGACAAAGGUGCUUGAAGCGGAGCGAAGGACAAGGGAUCCUGGUGAUGACAGGUACAUGGCUCUCCUGAAGGCGGCCCUGGACCCCGAGGCCCAUGGUCGCGGCCUGUACUUUUCGCUGGGCCUCAACCUCACCUUGUCUGCGGAGCACAGGGCCACAGGGUUGGCAGAUGGUGCCUCAGCUGAGAAGCAUAUGUAUGCAAAGGAGGAUGCGAGAUUCUUCUGGAACCGCAACCUGUGCACGAAGCUCAUAGAUGCGAAUGCCCAUGGGUUCAUAUACCCGCUUGUCCAAGGGUUUGUUGGUCAGCUGGACAGCCUCGUGUUCCGGAACAAGGAGCGGUACGCCUCUGCGUCGAUUACCCUGAUCGCAAGGAGGUCUGUUCAACGUGUGGGCACCAGACACUGGCGAAGGGGGGCUGACAAACAGGGAAAUGUGGCCAAUUUUGUUGAGACCGAGCAGCUUGUAGACUUUGACAACGGCAAGCACGUGGCCUCCCACGUCCAGAUUCGUGGUUCAAUCCCACUUCUUUGGACCCAGAUACCAAACAUCAAAUACAAGCCUCCCACAGAGAUGGCUGGUAGGAGCGCACACGCCAGCGUGUUCGAUCAACACAUGUCUCACCUUUUGGAGGUGUACAAGGUGAUUAUAUGUUUCCCAAUAUGGCGCUGUAUUUGA